AUGGAUCAGUCCACGUCGGGUCACCGGUUCUCCGGCGUGGACCGGAGGCCGGGGAUUGUGAGCGGGAAGAACUUCAGCAACGGUCAGACGUACAUGGCGGGGCCUCACUCGCCCGAUCUACGGCCGGUUCCACCGCGAGGGGAGAGUGUGAACCACGGCUCGUCGGCGGCGAAGCCCUGGGACUUCGGCGAUCCGGAUAUGAGGAGGCGAAAGCGGAUCGCGAAGUACAAGGUUUAUACUGUUGAAGGUAAGGUAAAGUCUUCUCUGAGGAAAGGGCUUCGCUGGUUCAAGAACAAGUGCCAUGAGAUUAUUCAUGGCUACUAG